UUCGAGCACAUCAGCAUGCUGGUCAUCCUCCUGAACUGCGUAACCCUGGGCAUGUUCCAGCCCUGCGAGGACGUGGAGUGCCAGUCUGAGCGGUGCACCAUCCUGGAGGCAUUUGACGACUUCAUUUUCGCUUUCUUUGCGGUGGAGAUGGUCAUCAAGAUGGUGGCUCUGGGGAUCUUCGGGCAGAAGUGUUACCUUGGAGAUACGUGGAAUCGCCUGGACUUCUUCAUCGUGAUGGCGGGCAUGAUGGAGUAUUCCCUGGACGGACACAACGUGAGCUUGUCUGCGAUCCGCACCGUCCGGGUACUUCGGCCACUACGAGCCAUUAACAGGGUUCCAAGUAUGCGAAUACUCGUCACCCUGCUGUUAGAUACUCUGCCUAUGUUAGGCAACGUCCUCCUCUUGUGCUUCUUUGUCUUCUUCAUCUUUGGGAUUGUCGGUGUGCAGCUCUGGGCAGGGCUGCUGAGAAACAGGUGUUUCCUAGACAGGAAUUUUGCAAUGACGUACAACCUUACCUUCCUGCAUCCGUACUACCGGACAGACGAAGCGGAGGAGAACCCAUUCAUCUGCUCAUCGCAUCGUGAAAACGGCAUGCAGAAAUGCUCCAACAUCCCAAACAGGAAGGAGUACAAGGUGGAGUGCACCUUGAGCAUGGACUCCUACACCCCAAGUUUAUACAACCCUGAUUUCAGCAGCAGGAAUGCCUGCAUAAACUGGAACCAGUAUUACAACGUAUGCAUGGCAGGGGACGUAAACCCACACAAUGGAGCUAUCAAUUUUGAUAAUAUUGGAUAUGCCUGGAUAGCUAUUUUUCAGGUUAUAACCCUGGAAGGAUGGGUUGACAUCAUGUAUUAUGUGAUGGAUGCACAUUCUUUUUACAAUUUUAUAUAUUUUAUAUUGCUUAUAAUAGUUGGUUCCUUCUUCAUGAUUAACUUGUGCCUGGUUGUGAUAGCAACACAGUUUUCUGAAACAAAGCAGCGGGAGAACCAGCUGAUGCAGGAGCAGCGGGCCCGUUAUCUCUCCAACGACAGCACAAUUGCCAGCUUCUCGGAGCCAGGUAGCUGCUACGAGGAGCUGCUCAAGUACAUCUGCCACAUCUUCAGGAAGGUGAAAAGGCGGACAAUACGCCUGUACAAUAACUGGCAGAGUAAGCGCCGGAAAAAAGUUAACCCAAACAGCACCACAAAUGGACAAAGCCACCGUGGCAAAAAGCGCAUCACGUCCAUACACCACCUCAUCCACCAUCACCAUCACCACCACCACCACCACUAUCACAUCAGCAAUGGGAGCCCUCGGGGGCCAUGCUCCAACCCUGAGAUCUGCGACCUGGAACUCAAGGUCAUGAAACCUGGAGGCCAAUUGAUGCUUCCUCCUCCAUCACCCAACUUGCAGACCCCUGCUCCUCCUCCAGAUUCAGAGUCUGUGCACAGCAUUUACCACGCAGACUGUCAUGUCGAAGGACCACAGGUGAACUGUAAGUCUUCCAAUGCCCCUGCAAGCAUUAAACUGACUGCCGGACUCUCCAACCAUGGCAACAUGAACUAUCCUACCAUCCUGCCUUCUCCAACUAGCAAGGCCAGUUCUGUUCCAGUUCCCAAAGGAAAGAAGAAUGGCAAUUCACCUGUGGCCGUGGUUAAUAGCCCUGUGAAUUUGGGCACGGAUUCUUAUGGGAAGCUGCAGCAACUGGUAGGAGAACAUGGUCUGCGGCGGACGCCCAGCCGGCUGUCGGGGCUGAGCGCGGCCUGCCCGCUGUCCAGCCCGCCGGGCAGCACGUUGAUCUGCGAGCUGCAGGACUGUCCCUUCUGCGCCAGCCUCCUGGAGGACCCCGAGUUCGCCUUCAGCGAGUCCGACAGCUGCGAAUCCGACAGCAAUGGCGUCUACGAGUUCACCCAGGACCUGCGGCACGGCGACCACAGAGACCAGCUCCAGCAGCAGCGGGGCAGGAGGAGGAGGAAGAAGAAAAAACCCAAGGAGAGGAACAAGGUCACCCGCCUGUGGAAGGCUUUCGGCAGCAAGCUGAAGAGGAUCGUGGAGAGCAAGUACUUCAACCGGGGGAUUAUGAUAGCCAUUCUUAUCAACACGCUGAGCAUGGGCAUCGAGUACCACGAGCAGCCAGAUGAGUUGACCAACGCCUUGGAGAUCAGUAACAUCGUCUUCACAAGCAUGUUUGCCCUGGAGAUGCUCCUGAAACUCCUUGCCUUUGGCCUCUUCGGCUACAUCAAGAACCCGUACAACAUCUUUGAUGGGAUCAUAGUUGUGAUCAGUGUCUGGGAGAUCAUCGGCCAGUCAGAUGGAGGCCUCUCUGUGCUACGAACUUUUCGGCUGCUCCGGGUGCUGAAACUGGUGCGUUUUAUGCCGGCCCUCCGUCGCCAGCUGGUGGUCCUGAUGAAGACAAUGGACAACGUAGCCACCUUCUGCAUGUUGCUCAUGCUCUUCAUCUUUAUCUUCAGCAUUCUUGGCAUGCAUCUUUUUGGAUGCAAGUUCAGCCUGAAAACUGAUACAGGAGACACAGUUCCAGAUAGAAAGAAUUUUGAUUCCUUACUUUGGGCCAUUGUGACCGUAUUUCAGAUCCUCACUCAAGAGGACUGGAACGUGGUCCUGUACAAUGGGAUGGCAUCUACAUCCUCAUGGGCAGCACUCUACUUUGUGGCCCUGAUGACCUUCGGCAAUUAUGUGCUCUUCAACCUUCUUGUUGCCAUUCUGGUAGAAGGCUUCCAGGCAGAGGGUGAUGCCAAUAGGUCAGACACAGAUGAGGACAAGACAUCUGCCAACUUUGAUGAUGAUUUUGAGAAGCUAAAAGACUUCCGAGCAACAGAGAUGAAGAUGUACUCACUUGCUGUCACCCCAAAUGGACACCUGGAGGGCAGGGGAAGCAUGCCACCUCCUAUAAUCAUGCGCACUGCUGCCACACCGAUGCCCACACCAAAGUGUUCCCCACACAUGGAUUCAGUGCACUCUUUUGUGGACUCGAGGAGAGGGAGUAACGCCUCGCUAGACCCCUUGAGCUACGAUCAGAAGUCCUUGUCCAGCCUCCGCAGUUCCCCUUGCGCCAACUGGGGCACCAGCAGCAACUGGGGAAGCCGACGCUCAAGCUGGAACAGCCUGGGCAGAGCCCCGAGCCUCAAGAAGAAGAACCAGUCAGGAGAAAGAGAGUCCUUGCUCUCUGGGGAGGGAAAAGGCAGCACAGACGAUGACUCUGAUGACGCCAAGUCCAGCACAGUCAGCAGGCCCUCAUUGCACCGCCGGGCAGAGUCCCUGGACUACCGCAGCUCCCUGGACCUGCCUGAGCUGUUUCAGUUGCCCACCAUGCGCCACUCACUCAGUAUCAGCCCCGUGGCCGUUCUGCCUGCCGAGUACCAAGACUGUAACGGCAAGAUGGUUCACGUCCCCAGCGAGUUCUUCCUGCGUGUUGAUGGACACAAGGAGGAUGCUAUGGACUAUGAGGAUGACAUGGAGGAUAGUUACUGCUACCGAAUUCGUAAAGUCCUGGAGCCCUACAAACCACAGUGGUGCAAGAGUCAUGAAGACUGGUCCCUCUACUUGUUUUCCCCACAGAAUCGGUUCCGAGUGAUGUGCCAGAAGGUCAUUGCCCACAAAAUGUUCGAUCACGUGGUGCUGGUCUUCAUAUUUCUCAACUGCAUCACUAUAGCACUGGAGCGACCAGACAUAGACCCACACAGCACGGAAAGGAUAUUCCUAAGUGUUUCUAAUUACAUCUUCACUGCAAUCUUUGUGGCUGAAAUGAUGGUUAAGGUGGUAGCUCUUGGCUUUUUCUCUGGGGAGAACACCUAUCUGCAGAGCAGCUGGAAUGUCCUGGAUGGAGUCCUGGUCUUUGUAUCUAUCAUUGACAUUAUUGUCUCCAUGGCAUCGGCAGGCGGAGCUAAGAUCCUGGGUGUCCUUCGCGUUUUGAGACUUCUGCGGACCUUGAGACCCCUCCGAGUCAUCAGCAGAGCCCCGGGUCUGAAGUUGGUGGUAGAAACCUUGAUCUCCUCCUUGAGGCCUAUUGGGAAUAUUGUUCUCAUCUGCUGUGCUUUCUUCAUUAUCUUUGGGAUUUUAGGCGUCCAGCUUUUUAAAGGCAAGUUCUACUACUGUGAUGGUCCUGAUGUAAAAAACAUCACUACAAAGACUGACUGCACUAACGCACGCUACAAAUGGGUUCGGCGGAAGUACAAUUUUGACAAUUUGGGACAGGCCCUCAUGUCCUUGUUUGUCCUCUCCUCCAAAGAUGGCUGGGUGAACAUCAUGUAUGAUGGUUUGGAUGCCGUGGGUAUUGACCAACAGCCCAUCCAGAACCAUAACCCUUGGAUGCUUCUCUACUUCAUCUCCUUCCUGCUCAUCGUCAGCUUCUUCGUGCUCAACAUGUUUGUGGGGGUGGUGGUGGAGAACUUUCACAAGUGCCGACAGCACCAGGAGGCGGAGGAGGCCCGGCGUCGGGAGGAGAAGCGGCUGAGACGCUUGGAGAAAAAGCGCAGGAGUAAGGAGAUAUACCUGUCUGAAGCCCAACGCAGGCCUUACUAUGCUGACUAUUCCCCAGCGCGGAAGUACAUUCAUACCCUUUGCACCAGCCACUAUCUUGACCUCUUCAUCACGUUCAUCAUUGGGGUCAAUGUCAUCACUAUGUCGAUGGAGCACUACAACCAGCCAAAGUCCCUGGAUGAAGCCCUGAAGUACUGCAACUAUGUGUUCACCAUAGUUUUUGUGUUCGAGGCAGUUCUGAAGUUGGUGGCAUUUGGUUUUCGAAGGUUCUUUAAGGACAGGUGGAAUCAGCUGGAUUUGGCCAUAGUUCUGUUAUCAAUUGUGGGAAUCACGCUGGAGGAAAUUGAGAUGAAUGCUGCACUGCCCAUCAAUCCCACAAUAAUACGCAUCAUGCGGGUGCUGAGAAUAGCAAGAGUGCUGAAACUGCUCAAAAUGGCCACUGGGAUGCGAGCUCUCCUGGACACAGUGGUACAAGCGCUUCCCCAGGUAGGGAACCUUGGCCUACUUUUUAUGCUCCUGUUUUUUAUCUAUGCUGCCCUGGGAGUGGAAUUGUUUGGCAAGCUAGACUGCAGCGAAGAAAAUCCUUGUGAAGGUCUGAGCCGGCAUGCAACUUUCACCAACUUCGGCAUGGCCUUUCUCACUCUCUUCAGGGUGUCAACGGGGGACAACUGGAAUGGUAUCAUGAAGGACACUCUUCGGGAAUGCACUCGGGAAGACAAGCACUGCCUCAGUUACCUUCCUGUUAUCUCUCCUGUCUACUUUGUCACCUUCGUCCUCAUCGCACAGUUCGUCCUAGUCAAUGUGGUGGUGGCAGUGCUGAUGAAGCACUUGGAGGAGAGCAACAAGGAGGCCAAGGAGGAUGCUGAGAUGGAUGCUGAGAUCGAGUUGGAGAUGUCCAGAGGAGCAACCACCUCGACCAACAGUGGGAGCAGGGGAGCCUCUCCGAAGCCACAGGACUCUCAAAACCUGCUGACGGUCCGCAAGAUCUCUGUUUCCCGCAUGCACUCCUUGCCCAAUGACAGCUACAUGUUCCGGCCGGUGAUGCCAGCGAAAGCCCCUUUCCCCCUCCAUGAGGUGGAGAUGGAAACGUAUCCCUGCAAAUCCCAAAGAGGGUCCAUCACCUCCAUCCGCUCCCAGCCCGUGGGAACGUGUUCCUCUCUGAGAGUCCCAACAGAGUCCCUCCAGCUGGCAGUCCGCUCUCCCAACCACGAAGGCCGCCACCGCUGGAAGAUCUUUCCCCCCCACAUCACACCUCGAUCUCCUACUCUCAACAAGCUGCUCUGCAGACAGGAGGCCAUUCAGACGGACUCUGUGGACGGGCAGACUCCAGACCGCAGGGACAGCCUGCAAGCAGAGCCUGGAGAGAUGCUACCAUCAGCCACGCAGCCCCAGAGCACCUUCACCCCCAGCCCGCUCCAUCCCUCGGCUGCCUCCCUCCCGGGCACCCCUCCAAGCUCCCCCCCGUCUUCCCCGCAUCGGCACCCCAGCACACUCACGCGGAAGCACACCUGCAGCCAGCACGGCGUCCCCAGCCGGCCGCCCAGCCCCGGCGGCAGCCCUCCCAACCCUGAGGGCUGCCUCUUUGAGUCCUCCGACCUGGCUGACGAGGAGGUUUGCCACAUCAACAGCUCGGCCAAAGACUGGGGAGGGGAUCACUUGGAUGCUGGGAGCCGCUCGACUUCACCGUUCAUCUCCCCGGCCCCGUCUCCAGUGCCCCUCAAGAACUGCAGCACAACCAGCCUCUCCAGGGGCAGCAGCAAGGAGAAGGACUUGAAGAAGUUUUACAGCAUCGAUACGAAGGGCUUUCUCAACAAGCCCAGCUGGGCAGACGACCAAAGGCGGCACUCCAUCGAGAUCUGCCCCUCCAUCAGCGACGGGGACUGUAGCUUUGAGGACCCUGCCAAGGAAAAGCAGCGGUCCCCUGUCCACAUCCAGACGGAGUCCGAGUACAUCCACGGAGCCCGGAGGAAGAAGAAGAUGAGCCCACCCUGCAUUUCUAUAGAUCCUCCCAUGGAGGACGACAGCGGGGCGGCGUCACGCACCAAACCCUCCGAGAACAGCAUGCUGCGGCGAAGGACCCCAUCCUGUGAGUUCCCAGCUUACAGAGAGUCCUUGGAGCUCGCGGAGAGCCAGCCCGGGGAGCCGGCCUCCAAAGCGGAGCGCCGGGGCCAGCCCCCAUGCCGCGGGGAGCACCUGACCAUCCCCAACUUCUCCUUCGAGCAGUUGGACGGCGGCUCCAUGAGCAGCCUCUCGGAUCUCCUCCUGGACAGCGGUCAGUCCACACCGGCCUCCAUGGACUCCCGGCCGGACGAUGCCACCUCCGAACUGAAAAAGCCGGAUCAUUUAAAAACUCAGUGGAGCAACACCGAGAAAAGCAAUGAGCUCCUGGGCAUUGCUAAGAGCCCCCUCCAGAAGCAGGACUUGGUCCCCAUGACUGUUGCAACAGAAGAAGACGUAGAUGACCCACAGAAUGCCUUCGAAACCUCGGUGGUGGCCAUAACCCUCCCAUUUGCACUCUAUCUGUCGGUCUUCCCUCCACACCCCCUGCACCCACACGUGGACGCGUUCACCUCCCAAGGCCCUUCCCUCGCCAGCUCCGACUGA